GCGCCGCUGAGGUACCUUCGAAUUUUAAUGGUUUCAAGAAGAACUGAAGAGCAACUUGAAGUUACUCUCUUGGAACAAAGGUUUAUAGAUCGAUCUAAACCCCUCAAAACCCUAAAUUCUUGUUAUUAAAGAUUAAAGAUCUAUCGGUUUCAAUCUCUUCACUUCUAAAAUGUUCAAAAAGUUUUCAUCUGAAGAUGUAUCUUCACAGAACCAAGUCAAGGCAUCAGUGCAGCGAAAAAUUCGACAAAGUAUUGCAGAUGAGUAUCCAGGACUUGAACCUGUUAUGGACGAUUUGCUCCCCAAGAAGUCGCCUUUAAUUAUUGCCAAAUGUCAAAAUCAUCUGAAUCUGGUUAUGGUGAACAAUGUCCCCCUUUUUUUCAAUGUCCGUGAUGGGCCUUAUAUGCCUACCCUACGACUUCUCCAUCAAUAUCCAAACAUAAUGAAGAAGUUACAAGUGGACAGAGGUGCAAUAAAAUAUGUCCUUGCUGGUGCCAACAUAAUGUGUCCUGGACUUACAUCCCCAGGUGGUGCUUUGGAUGAAGAAGUGGAAGCAGAAACCCCUGUGGCCAUAAUGGCUGAAGGAAAGCAACAUGCUCUUGCGAUUGGCUUUACAAAAAUGUCAGCGAAGGACAUAAAGGCAAUCAACAAGGGAAUUGGGGUGGACAACAUGCAUUAUUUGAAUGAUGGUCUUUGGAAGAUGGAGCGCCUAGAUUAGUGAUUUGCCGAGAGCAACUGCAGUACCAUUUACAAUACAGGACAGAGGGUUCGCAUCAUGGGCAUCAUCUUUGCAAUGCAGCUAUCCUUUUGUCUAGAUCUUAUGAAAAGGAGUUGUGUAAAUUUUUCUCCACUGUUGUUUUCUUUUUGUCCCAUAAACAGUACAGAUACUUAUUUUACCUCAAAAGAUCAAUCACUUAAUCAGAUUAUCGUGCAUCUUCAUGUAAUUCGUUAAGACUCCCAUUUUAGUGGGUGUUCUGCAAAUAUUGAAGCUGUAAUGCCCCAUGUUCGUCCAAUUAACUUAUUUGAUUGGCUUAAAUUGAUGAAUUGAUUUCACA